AUGGCACCUAAGGCAGCCCCCAAGACAGUUCCAGUGACCGAGGCUGAGUUGACAGCAGCUCGACAGAUUUUGCUGCGGGCUCAAAGUGCCGGAGUCCAGAAGUCAGAAGAGAGCUCAGCUGGUUAUGGAUCGAUGUCCGAUGCGAGCAAGCGCCAGCGCGGGCCAGAAGACUGGGAGCUGGAAGAAUGGGAGGCAAUCGCCUAUCAGGAGCAGCAGAAAGCCCUACAUGAUGAGCGAUUGCAGGCAGAUGGUGCUUCGAGUCAGAUGCCGGUAUCGAAGAUGGAUGUUUCGUAUGAUGAGAUGACAAAGGAUUCAAGCCUUGAGAAGUACCUAGUGUGGGUCGAGCAGCACGGGACUGGCAAGGGCGGUCGCUUCGAAGACCUAUGUGCCUACCUGAAAGCAAUCGACUACACGGCAAGCAAAAAGCUUGGUUCCAGUUCAAAGUGCACGUACCCAGGAGGUACUGAGAUCCGUGAAAAGAAGAAGUGA